AUGGUCAGCGGACCGGCCGCGCCCAAUGGUGGACAAUAUCAGGCAGCGACGGCCGAGAACUCAUCUGCUAUUGAAGCGGAUCCAACCGAGGGUGAACCGCAGCAGACUACUGGACAGCUUUCCAUAGGACAACAGCAAGAGCAGCAUGAACAGCAGCAGGGUAUCAACGGCCCUACCCAAAAUCACCAGGGCCCUCUUGACUCCAUCACUCUUGGCCAGCUAAGAAAUCUGGUGGGCUACCAGAGGCCUAAGGCACGGCAAUAUGCGUUCCCGGCCGAUGCAGAUUGCGACGAGAUGGCGCGGGAGAUUGACGAAUUUUUCAGCUAUGUCGAGGCACCUCAGGUGGCCGAAAAUCGAGCAGCAUGGGAGGAAUGGUGCUCGCUGACAUCGAACCAGACGGGUGACAAGGGCACUAGUGCUUCCAAAGCGACUGCCGACAAGGGUGCUGGGGCCCAAGGGAAAGACGAUGAAGGCGGCGCCCUUGGUCUUGGCCUUGGCCUCGGUCUUGACCUCGACACGGGCAAGGGUGCAAAGGAGUCUGCCUCAGAGGCUAAAAGCAGCGGCGGUGAUGACGAGCAAGGCGAGCUGAUGGUGAAUGCAGAGUGGACGUCUCUCCCCACCUCGGCGCGACGAAGACGCAUUCAAGCUUUGCUGGCUUUGCUUGAGGUACGAGAACCGGAAGCUAGGCAAAGGGCAUCGAGGGCGUUGCUCUACCUGCUCCAAGGCAGCUUUGCGGACACCUCGGGGCCUGAACACCAGCUCCAGUGGAUGCUUGAAAACGCGCGCAUGGUGCGUGCUGCGGGUGGUCUGGGUGACAUCUAUGCCGCAUUCCGAAUCGCCAACUGGAAGCACGAGUGGCUCAGCUCCCUUCCUGAUCACAUACCCUCGAGUGAGGCUACCGCAGAGGGCCCAGCACCGCCGCUGAUGACUCCUGAGGCGAAGCUCGACUAUCUGGACGAAAUCAAUCUGGAGCUCGCUCUGCAUUUCGCUCAGCUUUACAUUCUUGUCGAGGCCCAUCGAGGCGAGACAGAAUGGGGUGAGGAGCUCAUGGCACUCGACCCGCCGCUGCCCAUCUAUCUUUUCGCUCAGGUCGCCUCGCUGCGAGAAAAGAAUUCGAACAAGGGCUACCCAGUCAAGAAGUUGCUCUUGCUGCUAUGGAAGAGCAUGCUAGCCUGUCUGGGAGGGCUGAAGGACGCAUCGAGAGGCAAGGAGCUGGCGAGGGAGCUCGAAGGCCUUCCUCGUGAGGCAAAGGAUCUCAAACCCGUUGUGACGAAGGCGACCCCCGUCGAGCUGCAAACCUUUCAAGAGGAAACACUCGUUAAAUAUCCGACCUUCGUACCACCGAAAAAGACCACUGGCGAGCUGCCAACGGAGAGUAUCGCUUCGGCUAUUACUCCCAUCCCACCUCGCAAGCCUCUUGGUCAAGGCGAAGGUGGUGCGGCCACACCAUUUCCAGGCACGCCGGCCCCUUCGCCACCACCCUCGCCAAAGACAAACAAGCAGAGAUAUCAGACGAACCAGCGACAGCCAUUCGUCUUUCCCUAUAGUCGUUCGGUGCAAGGAGCAAGGAUGGUGCCAUAUAGCAUUGAGGAGGCAGCAAGGCUCUACCGCGAAAAUAUGCAUGUCGGCCUGGAGCUGUGGCAAAUUUGGAGGCUGAGGGAACAGUGCAUUCACGAGGAAAGCGGCGUGGCGAGCGCGGCAGACGGUAGAAGGGUAGGACUGGGCUCUUAUGAGCCCUUGGAAGGCAGUCCCAAAUUUUUCCCAUCAAGAAACGGCGACUUCAGCGCGUCUGCCGCUGCCACCAUCGCCGCUGAAGGUUCGUCGCAGGGGAGUCGAAGUCCCAGCACGACCGAAGGACCAGGUUCACACACAACGUCUGGCGGCAAGACGGCCCGCCAAGGUGGGCAGUCUUUCAGGUCGAGAGGCGAGCCGACACUGGAUCGACUGUACGCUCUCGAAGCCGAGUUAAGCGCGGAGCUUCUCCGCGUGGAGAAUGAUCACAUGUUGGCCGUUUUGGACAACGACCGGUACAUGCAGACCAUUGAAUCGCUGCAGCAAAAGCGGGCCGACACCAAGCGGCUCCAGUACGUGGACAUCCUCUACCGCUCCGUGCUUCCGUAUCUGCAAAGCAGCAUCAUCGUCUUGCUCAAGUUGCUGCUUGCCACAGUGACACAGCAGAACAGUACAAACAGCGCACACUUCCAAGCCCUCGCCGAGGGCGUCGCCUUCGACGAGGCACCGCCUCCGACGCUCGAGGACAUCGACAUUGUCCGGCACCGCGAGAUCACAUCAAAGGCUGUCAGCGCGAUCCUCCUUUUGACGCUCAAAUGGUUCAAGGCGAGCCACGCAAUGAAGUUCCACUACGUCAGCCAGCUGCUCGUCGACUCAAAUUGCCUGCUUCUCAUUCUCAAGAUGUUCGGCUUGCAGGAGGUGGCCAGCACGGUGAAGUCUAAGAACGAGGCCCCGGCAUUCAACUUCUUCCGUUACUGCGAGCUCAAUUGCGGGAAAGAGCCUCGCCAACCUAGGCCAGAGGAUGCUCAAUUGGCUCCACAACCCUACGCGGGCACAAACAGUCCCACGGGAGGCGGCUUCGCCACUCUCAACUCCAUGGCGGGCGCCGAAGACGUAGAGCUGCUGCACGACUAUUCUUUCCGCAACUUUUUCUCUGCCCUCAACUUUACGCGAAUCCUGCAGAAGCUGACAAAGCGCAAGGUUCACCGCAUCCUGCUUCUUGUCCAAUACAAGUCCAGCGCGAUCCUCAAGCGGACGCUCAAGGUGGCCCAUCCUGCGCUGCAAAUUUACGUACUCAAGGUCAUCAAGAGCCAAGUGCCGUACUGCGGACGCAAGUGGCGCCAGGGCAACAUGAAGGUCAUCACGGCCAUUUAUCUAAAUUGCAGGCCCGAUCUUCGCGACGAGUGGCUGGCGGGAAGCGAUGUGGACGCGGAUGUGGAAGACAGUUUGCCGCACGAGCAGGCGCUCCGGGCCCUGGUCAAGUACUACAAUACAACACGAGUCGGCGCCACUGGGCCAAGCCAUGGACAAGCGCACGGGCAUGGUCACAAGCGGUCACUCAGCACCAACCUCGUCCCUGGCGGUGGGCCUGGAGCAGGCGAGACGGGAAGUCCAGACGGGGGCGUUGAGAGUGCGCUGGCAGCUGGUCGGAACGCGAGCCUGUCGAACAAUGACCAACCUCAGCAGCAGCAGCAAGUGCAACUGCAGCACGGCGGCGCCGCUGGAGGUCUGUCCAAUGUGCCCAGCGGCCUGUUGUCGCCCGGUCGAACAAGCUUCUUCGAGUCAGAUAUCCUGCCGCCUCUGCGUCGAGGCACGGAGCGGACGGCAGGCACGAUGCGCUACAUUCCUGAUGACUUGCUCGAGGGCUACCUCGACGAAUACGAGGAUGUGCUGGGCGAGGUAUUUGGCGAAGAAUAUCGACUGACUGAGAAUCAGUGGCAGAGCCAGCAGGGUGAUCUUUCGUCGUCGUCGGCGGCAUCGACGGGCCAAGAGAUCGGUGGGCCCGAGGGACACAAGGACCGAGAAGAAAAGAGGGAAGGCGGACAAGGAGACGAUGGAAAGGGUGCCGAUGCGGGCCCCUCUGUGCCACUCAGCGGAUCACACGAGGCCGCCUGGGCUCGCCUGGGCGAGAUUCUCGGCGAUGCAGACUCGAUUUCAGACUCGGAAAGCAUCGCCUCGAUUGGGGAUUUGACAGGCAAGAACCACGAGGGUGGCACGGACUCAGCCGUCGACGGUCGACGAGUCGACGAUAACAGGGAGAAGCGCGAUGGCGACGGCGACGGUGACGGAGAAGGGAACGAAGCGACGUGGGAAUCGCUCUCGCCACAGGCGAUGAAGUUCCUCAUGACCUCUUCUUCCUCGUCUGGUGGCAAUUCUUCGAGCAGGCCGGGGUCGCCAAAGGUGCACAAGAGGACUUCGAUGGAGCUGUCGCCGUCCCGACCCGGCUUCCUGGCCGGUCACCAUCGGAGGUCAUCGAGCUCGGGAAGCAGCAACGGCUCGGCCUCCGGAAGAAAGAGUCGACAGAACAGCGAGAGCGGUGGCGCGUUGCGGCCGGUGUUGAGCUUCGGGCCCGAGCUACUCAACGACGACGUCGUGGAUGAGCAAGAGUCCGAGGACAGGUUGGGGGAGGGAGAUGGAGAGGAAGGGGAUGGAGACGACGAGGAAGACCAUGGGCCGCCACCUCAGCCCAAGGCGGGCGGCAUUGACGAAGUCGAGCACAUCUGGAACUUGUAG